CUGAAUAUGAUGGCCGUUGUUGUGCUUGUUGUACAAAGCUUAGCAUGAUUUACAAGCGUUUCAUUAUGAUUUAACAAUGAUUGUAUUUCAAUGAAACCGCUGGACUCAGACGAAGAAGAAGCAGAGCCACUGGGCGCUAAGGAAACGGAGCAGAGGCAGCGGGCCAGUCACCGCAUCCCGCAGCUGAGCAACCCUGUGGAGCAGCUGAACCCUGAAGAUGGGGAAGACAGAGGCAGUAAUGGCAGCCUCCUCAUGGUGGUGGCUGAAGAAGACAAGACUGUGUGGAGUCAGAAGAGACAGAGUGAAGCAGUUAAUCAGCUUAAGAGCCUUCUGCAGAAGCAAUGCAGAGAGAUCCCCACUCCUCUGUCUCCAUCAGAGAAACCAUCUCCGUCCAAGAGAGUGCAGCAGGAAGUCAGAUCAAGUUUUUCUACAUUUCAGGAUUUUGUCCCAAUGACUCAUAACCAGUCAGAGUACAUCCAACACCUUGAAGCUGAGGUCAAGUUCUGCAAGGAAGAGCUGCAGGACCUGAAACAGCGAAUCAGAGUGGUGGUGGUAGAGAAUGAAAAACUGCACUCUGAGCUCAGAUCCAAAGAUGAAUCUCUAAACAAUUACACAAUUCCAAACUCCACGGUGAAUGAAACCAGUCACAAACUCUCCAUUACAGAGCUUAGUGGGCUUCAGAGGGCAGAACAUAGCACAUGGAAGAAUGAACUAGAACAGUUAAAAGGGAUCUACCAGGCCCAGGUUGAGAGCUUGGAGAGUCAGAUCAUCUCUCUCAGAAAAGAUCUGUCAGUUAGUCAGAAGGAGUGCGAGGAGGUAAAGGUUCAUCUGAGACACAAGGAGAAGCAAGCUGCUGAUGCGCUGAAGACUGCUGGAGCUCCCCAUGUGGCUGGAUUGUGUCUGAAAUGUGCGCAGCAUGAGGCUGUGUUAGCUCGGACACACACAAAUCUGCAUGUCCAAGCAAUUGACAGACUCACAAAGGAGCGUGAUGAAUUAGAGGUGGCACUCCGUGCCAUGCAGGCGAGUCAGCAAGAGGCACAACAGAGAGAGUGGUCAGCCUGUCUCCGGGUCAAACAGGCUGUGGAGAUGGCAGAAGAAGCUAAUUUGAAUAAAGCUAGGGUGGAGAUGCAGUGUGAGCUUUUAUCCAGAGAGCUGGUGCGGCAGAGGGAACAGCUGGAGCAAGAAGCACAGGCUUUGCAGGAGAGAUUGGCAGGGGCUAGAAAAGAGGGUCGAGCUGAAGGGCUCAAACAAAAAGAAGAGCUAGCACAAACGGUGUCCAGCCUCUCCCAGCGCAUAGCUGAGUUGGAAGGACAGCUAGAUCGAGCUGUCAGAGACAAGAGUUCACUGACCAAACAACUAGAAGACACUCUCGACAAACUUACCAGUCAGGAGCAAGAAAACAUGAAGGUAUGUGUGGAUCUGCAACAUCAGUUCAGUCAGGCCAAACUGAAGAAGGGUGAGGCAGAGAGAGAGCUCAGAGAGCUCAACAUUAAGACCAGCAGACAGAUGGAAAAAGCUGCUCUGGAAGAGGAAAGGCUGAGCUCAGAGCUGGUUGGCUGUCGGCAGCAUCUGGAGGUGGUCCAAAAGGAUUUGAGCCAAUGGCAAGGCGAAGCCCUGAGCCUAACAGAACAGCUGGCAAAUGCCCAGCGCCAACUGCACCUCACCAGGUAG